UGACGCCACUUUAAUGCGACUCUGACGGGGUCGUCUGCCUUCCUUUCCCGCAUGAGAAGCGCCUGACCUUCCAGUGAAGUAAAACUAGGAUAUUAACGCAGACUAUUACAUGUUGAGGAGGUGACAAUGCUUGUUGUGAGGAAAGCUGCGCAGAAGGCCGUGAGGAAACACCUCUGCAGGCCAUUCUCUGCUUCGCACACUCACCUGCAGGAGAGAAAGGGUUUGGUCCUGGGAGUCUUUGAGAAGAACGGAGAGGAGGAAAGUGUUCACCUGACGGAGGCGGCAGCCAGGUUUGACCAGUCUCUGUCUGGAAAGCUCUCAGAGCUGCUGAAAAUUGCCGGACCUGGUCUGAAGAAAGGCAAAAGCAGACUGUUCUAUGGGAUUCACCAGGACUUCCCCUGUGUCGCAGUAGUCGGGUUGGGCAAAGAGAGUGAAGGAGUGUGUGGGGCUGAGAAGUGGGACAGCAGGAAGGAGAGCAUCAGGCAGGCCGUGUCUGCUGGCUGUCGGACUCUCCAGGAACUGAAGGUGAGUCACGUUGAGGUGGACGACUGCGGUGACGCCAAGUCGGCAGCAGAAGGCGCUGUUCUGGGAUUGUUUUCCUAUGAUGAACUGAAGUCUAAGAAGAAGACCAGAGUGACCUCAAAGCUACAUGGAAGUGCUGACGUGGACGGCUGGAAGAAAGGCGUCAUUUAUGCAGAAGGUCAAAACCUGGCGCGUUUUCUCAUGGAAGCUCCGGCCAAUCGGAUCACUCCGACUGCUUUCGCCAACACCAUCGAAGAGAAAUUGGCUCCGCAUGCUGAACGAGUCACCGUCAAAAAACGAUCAAAGGCCUGGAUGGAGGAGCAGCAGAUGGGAGCGUUUCUCAGUGUGGCGCGGGGCUCAGAGGAGCCCCCUGUCUUCCUGGAGCUGCACUACAGCGGCUCAGCAGACAGCCAGCAGCCGCCGCUGCUGCUGGUGGGGAAAGGCAUCACGUUCGACAGCGGUGGCAUCUCUCUAAAGCCGUCUCAAUCCAUGGACGCGAUGCGAGCAGACAUGGGCGGAGCCGCUACGGUUUGCGCCUCCAUCGUUGCCGCAGCGGCUCUGAAGCUCCCGGUGAACAUUGUUGGUCUGGCUCCGCUGUGUGAGAACAUGCCCAGCGGGAAGGCCAUCAAACCAGGCGAUGUUGUCAUGGCUAAGAACGGAAAGACAAUCCAGGUGGAUAACACGGAUGCAGAGGGCAGACUGAUCCUGGCUGACGCUCUCUGUUAUGGACACACCUUUAACCCCAGAGCUAUUGUUAACGUUGCUACGCUAACAGGCGCCAUGGAUGUAGCUCUGGGCUCGGCGGCGACGGGAGUGUUUACCAACUCAGACUGGCUGUGGGAGCAGCUGCAGCAGGCAAGUGUUGUGACAGGUGACAGAGUUUGGAGGAUGCCUCUGUUCCAACAUUACACCAACCAGGUCACUGACAGCCAGCUGGCCGACCUCAACAACAUCGGCAAAUACAGCCGUUCUGGCGGUGCAUGCACAGCCGCCGCCUUCCUCAAGGAGUUCGUCAUGGCUCCUCACUGGGCUCACCUGGACAUUGCUGGAGUGAUGAGCAACAAAGAUGAAGUUCCCUACCUCAGGAAGGGCAUGUCCGGGAGGCCGACGCGCACGCUGCUGGAGUUUGCUGCCGGUCUGGCCCACAGAGGCUGAGAGGAGGAUCAGAUCUGACGAAGAGCGUUUCUCCCCUGAGUCAGAGAUCACAUAACUAACAACAUAGAUAUGAGUAUAACAGAUGUUACAUAGGUAACAUAGAUGAGCUAAUACGGAUUUAUAUUAAGUAUUAGUAUUACACUGUGCUGUGAAAGGAUAUUUGCCCUCUUUCAGAUUUCUCCCGUUUUAUUUUCUCUCACUUAAAGCUGAAAUAUGUAACUUUUAUCAUUUUUUUUUUCACUAUGUCAUAUGAGAUGGAUAAUCUGAGAAAGAAAUCCAGCUCCUCUGCCUUCUCCCAGUGCUAACUAGAAAUGACCAAUCAGAGCCGGGAGGCGGGUCAUAGUGCAGUCAAUCACCCUUUGUGUGGCUGCUCAAACACAUGGUGAUUAACCUCAAGUAGAGGGCAAAAACUUGUCAACAUAGCACCAGGUCGGUUUGGGAAGCUUUUCUUCUAUAUAAUGUAAGUCUAAAUUCAAAAAUUGCAUUUUUUUUGUGUGUUGUUUUGUGGGGUUAUCUUUCUCAUAUUAACAUUAAUUUGAUCUGAAAUGGGGGAUAAAAAUAUGCAAAUCAAAUCUGUGAGGGACAGAUCUGUUUCACAGCAUUGUAAAAAAACAACAUUUUGUUACAGAAAGCAUUGUUUCCAGCAUAUUUUUUUGUAAUUGACAUGUUCUUAAAAUGAGCUGUAAUUGCUUAUUAAAAUUGGUUGUUUUUUUACAGA